CCUCAGGCGCACGUCAGUCAGGAGGAGGAAGCGCAGCGGGGGCGGGAAGGUUGCACAGCCGCACCUGCGGCUGGCCUUGCGGGUCUGUAAGUGGUCGCGCCCCCUUUGAGAGGGUGAGCCGACUGCUAGAGGGUCCCGGGCGCUCUCCUGUCCCGGGUGAUUGAAAAGUGCUGAUCAAGAUCAAUUGCCAUUGAAGCAGAAAAUAGGAAGAUGGCAGCAAACCCUUCGGGACAAGGUUUUCAAAACAAAAAUAGAGUUGCAAUCUUGGCAGAACUGGACAAAGAGAGAAGAAAAUUACUAAUGCAGAACCAAUCUUCAACAAAUCAUCCUGGAGCUAGCAUCGCACUCCCGAGACCCUCUCUUAAUAAGGACUUCCGGGACCAUGCUGAGCAGCAGCCCAUUGCAGCCCAACAGAAGGCGGCUUUGCAGCAUGCACAUGCACAUUCUUCCAGAUACUUCAUAACUCAAGACUCUGCAUUUGGGAAUCUGAUUCUUCUUGUUUUACCUCGCCUUGAACCAGAAUGAACAAAUAUUUGCACUGAAAAUGACUUUGUAAUAUCAAUUGCCAAACCUACUAUUAUUCAGUUCUAUACAAACUAUGACUUUCAGAAUUUUGGUGGACUUUUACGUUUUUUGCUUCUUUAAAAGAAAAUUACGUAAGUGAAAGCAAAAAUGGAGGGUAACCAGGAUGAUGAGAGCCUUGGGAGCUGUACUGUCUGAGGAACUGAGUAUGCUACCUUUGUCACAUUUUUGUUUGAUUUAUAACUAAAUUAGACUGUGAAUUGGA